CUGAUUUUUGGCGGCCAAGAGUCCUGCUUGGCUUACGGGUUCGCGUUCGCUUUCGAGUUCGAGUUCCCUCGCAUCCUGUGCUUUUUUUUGUUGUGAACAAAGGAAGAGUUAAAGCCAGGAUAUACUUGCCAAAGCUCCACUCCUUUAAAGAAAGACCGCCUCUAGCAGCAACUCCUUCAAUCCGGGGUAAGGUGAAAACAACCCCACCAGUACCAUCUAACCUCCCAACCUUGGCCAGGAUGCGCCGCUUGAAUGAUUGACCGCCUACAGAUUCGUCGCUUGGGUGCAGCUGCUAGAAACAAACGCGCAGGAGUUGGAGCUGGAGGAGUAGCUGGUACAGGCGGAGGAUUACCAGCAGGAUCGGGAGCAGGAGCACCAGCAACCGGCGCGGUAGCAGCAGUUUCAGUACCACGACCAAGUGCUGGAGCAAGUUCCGUCGCAGGAGGAGCAAUACCUGGUCAUCACGCCCAUUCAACGCAUCACUCUACAAGCGGCAUUAAUACACCGGCUACGGCCAGCACCAGUUCAUCCAGCGGGAAUAGCUUAACCCCCCAGCAGCAGCAGCAGCAGCAGCAGCAGCAGCAUCAUCAUCAUCAUCACCAGCACACCCACGGACAUCAUCACGGCGGCCAUCACCAUCAUUCCUCGCUGAGCCACCACUCGAUCCAUCAGCAUCAUACGCAACAUAUCACACACCUUGGCCACUCGCAACCGGCAUCGGCCAGUCAGUUCAGCUUUAAUCCCUCGCCGGGUAGCAGUCCUGGCAACGGGCUGGGAGCUCGCCAGGAUGCGGCCAGUGCACUCAAUAGUCCCACAACCAUUGUGAACUCGGGCAGCGGCAGCGGAGGCGGCAGCAGCGUCGCCUUCGGGAUGCAGUCGCAGCAACAGACGCAGCAGCAACAGCAGCAGCAGCAGCAGCAGGGCUCCUCCGCCACUGCGCCACCAUCCUCGGGUGGUGGCCACAACAAUGGAGCCGGCCUGGGUCUGGGCAGCUCAGCGGGAGGAGGAGUCGGUGGCGGCGGCGGUCUCAAUCUGCUUGGCGGCAUCGGUGGUCUGGGUGGCAUGGGGGGUGGAGCAGCUGCCGCCGGCAUGGGCAUCUGUGGUGGCAUUAGUAGCACUGUGGGUAGUGCUGCCAUCACGGGUGUGCCACCCAUUGGACUGGGCAUUGCCACGGGAAUUGGUAAUAAGAUCAUGCUUGGCAGGAAGCAGAGUCUCAAGGGUGGUGAACCCUUUCUGGCGGACUAUGGACCUGAGGAGUCGCUCAAUGAGAGUGCCGACAUUGAAUGGGUUAACAAGUUGUGGGUACGUCGCCUGAUGCGUCUCUGUGCCUUGGUCUCGCUCACCUCCGUCUCGCUGAACACGCCCAAGACCUUUGAGCGUUAUCCAUCUUUGCAAUAUAUUACCUUCUUCUCGGACACGGCUGUUACGUUGCUCUUUACGGCGGAAAUGGUGGCCAAGAUGCAUAUUCGUGGAGUCUUGCAUGGUGAGGUGCCUUAUUUGAAGGAUCAUUGGUGCCAGUUUGAUGCCUCCAUGGUCAGUUUCUUGUGGAUUUCCAUUAUUCUACAGAUCUUUGAGGUGCUCGAAAUAGUGCCCAAAUUCUCCUAUUUAUCCAUAAUGAGAGCUCCCCGUCCUUUGAUCAUGAUACGUUUUCUACGCGUCUUCCUAAAGUUUAGCAUGCCAAAAAGUAGAAUUAAUCAGAUUUUCAAACGUUCGAGCCAGCAAAUCUACAAUGUGACUUUGUUUUUCCUGUUCUUCAUGUCUCUAUAUGGUUUGCUGGGAGUUCAGUUCUUUGGCGAGCUUAAAAAUCAUUGUGUAAUGAACAAUACAGAAUAUGAUUUACUCAAGAGACCUAUCUUAACCAUCAAUUCCCUGGCCAUUCCGGAUACAUUCUGCUCCAUGGAUCCCGACUCUGGCUAUCAGUGUUCUCCGGGCAUGCGUUGCAUGAAAAUGGACUUCCUUAGCAGCUAUGUGAUUGGUUUCAAUGGCUUCGAGGAUAUUGCCACAUCCAUUUUCACUGUAUAUCAGGCUGCCUCACAGGAGGGUUGGGUAUUCAUUAUGUACCGAGCUAUAGAUUCCCUGCCCGCCUGGCGUGCAGCCUUCUACUUCAGCACCAUGAUCUUCUUCCUGGCCUGGCUGGUGAAGAAUGUUUUCAUUGCGGUCAUUACGGAGACUUUCAAUGAGAUACGUGUGCAGUUUCAACAAAUGUGGGGAGCACGAGGACAUAUCCAAAAGACAGCUGCCUCACAGAUACUCAGUGGCAAUGAUUCCGGCUGGCGACUGGUGACCAUUGAUGACAACAAACAUGGUGGCUUGGCACCGGAAACAUGUCAUGCCAUCCUGCGAUCACCCUACUUCCGGAUGCUGGUGAUGAGCGUUAUCCUGGCCAAUGGCAUUGUGACGGCAACCAUGACUUUUAAGCAUGAUGGCAGGCCAAGGGAUGUAUUCUAUGAGAAGUAUUAUUACAUCGAACUGGUAUUUACCUGCCUGCUGGAUUUGGAGACACUCUUCAAGAUCUACUGCUUGGGAUGGCGAGGAUACUACAAACAUUCCAUACACAAGUUCGAGUUGCUUCUGGCAGCUGGCACCACGUUGCAUAUAGUGCCCAUGUUUUAUCCCUCGGGAUUGACCUACUUCCAGGUGCUGCGAGUGGUGCGGCUGAUCAAGGCUUCGCCAAUGUUGGAGGGAUUUGUUUACAAAAUCUUUGGACCAGGCAAGAAACUCGGUUCGCUAAUCAUCUUUACCAUGUGCUUGCUGAUCAUUAGUUCGAGUAUUUCAAUGCAACUCUUCUGCUUCCUGUGCGACUUCACCAAGUUCGAGUCCUUUCCGGAGGCCUUCAUGAGCAUGUUCCAGAUUCUCACCCAGGAGGCCUGGGUGGAGGUUAUGGACGAGACCAUGAUACGGACCAGCAAAACGCUCACCCCACUGGUGGCGGUUUAUUUUAUACUAUACCAUCUGUUUGUGACCCUCAUUGUGCUCAGUCUUUUCGUGGCGGUCAUUCUUGACAAUUUGGAGUUGGAUGAGGAUAUCAAGAAGCUGAAACAGCUCAAGUUCCGAGAGCAGAGUGCCGAGAUCAAGGAGACUCUGCCUUUUCGACUGCGCAUCUUUGAGAAGUUUCCUGACUCGCCACAGAUGACCAUCCUGCAUCGCAUACCCAAUGAUUUUAUGCUGCCCAAAGUGCGCGAGAGCUUCAUGAAACAUUUUGUGAUUGAGCUGGAGACGGAGGACUCGCUGGUGGAGAACUGCAAGAGACCCAUGUCCGAGUGCUGGGAGUCCAAUGUGGUUUUUCGCAAGCAGAAACCCGUAAGGAUAAUGAACAAAACGGCCAAGGUUCGGGCAGCGGGAAGCAGUCUCCGUAAGCUGGCCAUUACGCACAUCAUCAAUGAUAGCAAUAACCAGCGACUGAUGCUUGGUGACUCUGCCAUGUUGCCCGUGGUGGGCACCAAGGGCGGCGGUGGCCUCAAAUCACAGGGCACCAUUACCCACUCGAAGCCAUGGCGCGUUGAUCAAAAGAAGUUCGGCUCCCGCUCCAUCCGUCGCAGCGUUCGCUCCGGCUCCAUUAAGCUGAAGCAGACAUAUGAGCAUCUGAUGGAGAAUGGCGACAUUGCUGCUGCUCCUCGGGCCAACUCUGGACGUGCUCGACCCCAUGAUCUGGACAUAAAGCUGCUGCAGGCCAAGCGGCAGCAGGCGGAGAUGAGGAGAAAUCAAAGGGAGGAGGAUCUGCGAGAGAAUCAUCCCUUUUUCGAUACUCCCCUCUUUCUGGUGCCACGAGAGAGUCGUUUCCGAAAGAUUUGCCAGAAGAUUGUCCAUGCACGGUAUGAUGCCCGGCUCAAGGAUCCGUUGACGGGCAAGGAGCGCAAGGUUCAGUACAAGAGUUUGCACAACUUUCUGGGUUUGGUCACCUAUCUGGAUUGGGUGAUGAUCUUUGCCACCACUUUAUCCUGCAUUUCGAUGAUGUUUGAGACGCCCAACUAUAGGGUAAUGGAUCAUCCCACUUUACAGAUUGCCGAAUAUGGUUUUGUGAUCUUCAUGAGCCUGGAACUGGCUCUCAAAAUCCUGGCCGAUGGGCUGUUCUUUACACCUAAAGCUUACAUUAAGGAUGUGGCUGCUGCCUUGGAUGUCUUCAUCUAUGUGGUUUCCACUUCAUUUCUAUGCUGGAUGCCUCUUAAUAUACCUGGUAAUUCGGCAGCCCAGCUACUGAUGAUCCUGCGAUGUGUGCGUCCACUGCGAAUCUUCACCUUGGUGCCACAUAUGCGGAAGGUGGUCUACGAGUUGUGCCGGGGCUUCAAGGAGAUCCUGCUCGUAUCCACUUUGCUUAUCCUGUUGAUGUUCAUCUUUGCCAGUUAUGGUGUCCAGCUUUAUGGCGGUCGCCUGGCCCGUUGCAAUGAUCCAACGAUAUCAAGAAGGGAGGAUUGUGUGGGUGUAUUCAUGCGUCGUGUUUUUGUUACAAAAAUGAAGCUAACACCAGGACCGGAUGAGUCAUAUCCGGCCAUGUUGGUGCCACGGGUUUGGGCCAAUCCAAGACGCUUUAAUUUCGAUAAUAUUGGUGAUGCCAUGUUGACGCUCUUUGAGGUGUUGUCCUUCAAGGGCUGGCUGGAUGUGCGAGAUGUGCUCAUCAAGGCAGUGGGUCCGGUUCAUGCUGUCUAUAUCCACAUCUAUAUCUUCUUGGGCUGCAUGAUCGGUUUGACACUGUUUGUGGGCGUGGUGAUUGCCAAUUACUCGGAGAACAAGGGCACUGCCUUGUUGACCGUCGAUCAGAGGCGUUGGUGUGACCUCAAGAAGCGUCUGAAGAUUGCCCAGCCUCUCCAUCUGCCCCCUAGACCGGAUGGUCGUAAGAUUAGGGCUUUCACCUAUGAUAUUACCCAGCAUAUUAUCUUCAAGCGAGUGAUUGCGGUGGUGGUGCUGAUCAAUAGCAUGCUGCUUUCCAUAACGUGGAUCAAGGGAGAGGUGCAUACGGAACGCCUGGUGAUCGUCAGUGCGGUAUUGACCUUUGUCUUUGUGGUUGAGGUGGUGAUGAAGAACAUUGCCUUUACACCGCGCGGCUAUUGGCAAUCUAGGCGCAAUCGUUAUGACCUACUGGUCACCGUUGCCGGUGUGAUUUGGAUCAUACUGCAGACGAUUCUGCGGAACGAUCUGUCCUACUUCUUUGGCUUCAUGGUGGUCAUCCUGCGCUUCUUCACCAUCACCGGCAAGCACACCACACUGAAGAUGCUUAUGUUGACCGUGGGCGUCUCUGUAUGCAAGUCCUUCUUCAUUAUCUUCGGCAUGUUUCUGCUAGUAUUCUUCUAUGCGCUGGCCGGAACAAUCCUUUUCGGAACGGUCAAAUAUGGCGAAGGCAUUGGUCGUAGGGCUAAUUUUGGUUCUCCCGUCACGGGGGUGGCCAUGCUUUUCCGUAUUGUCACCGGUGAGGAUUGGAAUAAAAUCAUGCAUGACUGUAUGGUCCAGCCACCUUACUGCACUCUUGGCAAUAACUAUUGGGAGACGGAUUGUGGCAACUUUACUGCCAGCCUCAUAUACUUUUGCACUUUCUAUGUGAUCAUUACCUAUAUAGUGCUCAACUUGCUUGUGGCUAUUAUCAUGGAGAACUUUUCCUUGUUCUACUCCAACGAAGAGGAUGCAUUGCUCUCUUAUGCGGACAUACGGAAUUUUCAAAAUACCUGGAACAUUGUGGAUAUACAUCAAAGGGGAGUCAUUCCCGUGCGACGGGUGAAGUUCAUUCUUCGCCUGCUAAAAGGUCGCCUCGAAUGUGAUCCCCAAAAGGAUCGUUUGCUGUUCAAAUACAUGUGCUAUGAGCUGGAUAAGCUGCACAAUGGCGAGGAUGUGACCUUCCAUGAUGUCAUCAACAUGCUGAGCUAUCGCUCUGUGGACAUCCGCAAGGCUCUGCAAUUGGAGGAGCUGCUGGCCCGCGAGGAAUUUGAAUAUCUGGUGGAGGAGGAGGUGGCUAAGAUGACCAUACGCACCUGGCUAGAGGGGUGUCUCAAAAAGAUACGGGCACAAAAUGCUAGUAAGCAACAAAACUCGCUAAUAGCGGGGCUGAGAGCCACCAAUGAGCAGCCUGUGAUGCGACCCAAUGUCCAGGAGGAUAAGGCUCCUCUAGGCUCAGCGGACAAGGCCACCAUUAGCACCAUCAGUGGUGUGGUGGCCGGUGGCUGUCCCCCCAGUGAUGCCUUUUCACCCACCUUUAGUUCCACAGAGAAUGAGGAGAAGGAUGCCAGCAGUAGUGCCGUUGUCCUGCCCCAUCCAGAGCCAGGAGCAGGAGCGGUAACAGUGGGCUCGGGACUUGGCCCCGUAGCAGGACCAGGAACGGGUAUAGUUGGAGCACCAGUCGUAGCCGGUCGCCAUGUGAUGGCUGUGAGCAAGCGAGGCUAUGCCCUCAAUCGCUCCGAUUCCACGGGCAGUUCGGCGGGACGUAAAUUCCUGGCACCCACUUCCAGUGAUCCCCAGCAGCGCUCCACGCUCAGCGACAAGGAGCGUCUCCACAUCAGCAGCCAGCAGAGGAAGAAGAACUCGAUGACCACGCUGCCACAUGCCGGGCAGCUGGGUCAGCUGGCCAAGCAGAGGGCCGGAGCAGCCGGUAUCCAAGGUGGCGAUGGCAACAAAUCGACCAAUUUCUUUGCCCAGGUUAAUAGCGAGAUCGGUCAGUUCCAUUAUCCGACAAUAAACGCAGCCGCCGCCUACGGACAUGGACAUGGACAUGGUCAUGCUCAUGGUCACGGGCACAGUGGCCAUGGGCAUGGUCAUGGGACGGGACAUGGCAUCGAUUUGCAUCAGCAGCAGCAGCAUCAUCAUGGCGCCCUGGGCAGUCCAUCGGCCAUUAUGAGUCAACUGAUCGGCAGCAGUGGGAAAUUGCUGCCAUUUAAUAACCAGGCCAAUGUGGUCUAUGAGGUGCACGAUUGGUGGCAGGAGCAAGUGCUCUGCACACAGACCAGCGACGAUGAGAUCUAGUCCUGGCCCAGGGGACCACGUAGUCCUCGGGAUCGCCUGGCAUUAACAUUAUCAACUAGUGGCCUAGAGUUUUGUAUAUGCCUAAGUAAAUACUAUAUAUGUAAAUGUUAACAGAUCGCUGGAUGCGAUUGGCAACCAUUAGUUUAACAUAAGUUUAUUGUUUGUUGUUGUGCGCUAGACGAGGUACGAUGAUUGGUCAGUUGGUAAUGAUAACAUUGUUAUACAUAGCUAAAAUAUAUUUAGAUAUAUACUAUAUAUAUUAUAUAUGUGAAUCUGAGUGGAAUCCACAACUCGCCAAUCAAAUAGGAAAUGCCAAGAAGAUCCCUUAGAUCGUUUUCAAUUAGCCAAGUUUAUACCGAAUAUGUUAUGAGAAAGGGAGUUAUCUUUCGGGUGGCGCAGCACAAAAAUAAUAUUUAAAAAAAAUGAAAUACUACCAAAAAGCCCCAUUCAAUGCGACCUCUCUAUCUGUCUUGCCAAAAGCGAAGAAGCGUAAUAAAAUC